GGGGCCUCGGUGUAGUGGCAGCAGCCCUGCCUCUGUGGUGCAAUUGCAUACCAGAGGCCAAACGCAUGCCUGCAUCUCCAUUGUGCGCGUGGAGCAGAACCGUUACACAGAGGCUGCGCAUCAGUUGCACAGCGGACUGCGUGGGGAACCGCACUCGAGCUUCACGGAACGACACCAGGUGCCCACAUUGCUUUCGUCAACCCAACAUAAGAUGUCCCAUCGAAGUGGUCAAGAGGACCCGGAGCGGUACCUGUUUGUGGAUCGGGCCGUGGUUUAUAACCCGGCGACACAGGCUGACUGGACAGCCAAGAAGCUGGUUUGGGUUCCCUCAGAGCGCCAUGGUUUUGAGGGGGCCAGUAUCCGCGAGGAGCGCGGUGAGGAGGUUGUGGUGGAGCUGGCUGAAAAUGGUAAAAAGGUGGUGAUUAACAAGGAUGACAUCCAGAAGAUGAACCCUCCCAAGUUCAGUAAGGUGGAGGACAUGGCUGAGCUCACCUGCCUGAAUGAGGCAUCCGUGCUGCACAACCUGAAGGACCGCUACUACUCCGGACUCAUAUAUACAUAUUCUGGCUUGUUCUGCGUGGUCAUCAACCCCUACAAGAACUUGCCCAUCUAUUCAGAGAACAUCAUUGAGAUGUACCGGGGGAAGAAGAGGCACGAGAUGCCGCCUCACAUCUACGCCAUCUCGGAGUCAGCAUACCGAUGUAUGCUUCAAGAUCGUGAGGACCAAUCAAUUCUUUGCACCCACAGUGUUAACCUCUUUGCUUUCAGAGGUGAAUCAGGUGCUGGGAAGACGGAGAACACAAAGAAGGUGAUCCAGUACCUGGCCCACGUUGCCUCCUCACACAAAGGACGCAAAGACCACAACAUUCCACCAGACUCUCCCAAAGCAUUCAAGCUACAGGGCGAGUUGGAACGCCAGCUCCUUCAGGCUAACCCUAUCUUGGAAUCAUUCGGUAAUGCCAAGACAGUGAAAAAUGACAACUCCUCUCGCUUUGGCAAGUUCAUCCGAAUCAAUUUUGAUGUUGCAGGCUACAUUGUUGGGGCCAAUAUUGAAACCUAUCUUCUGGAGAAAUCAAGGGCAAUCAGACAGGCCAAAGAUGAAAGAACUUUCCACAUUUUCUACCGCUUGCUGGCAGGGGCAGGAGAGCAUCUCAAAACGGACCUGCUCCUCGAAGGCUUUAACGGCUACCGAUUCUUGUCAAAUGGUAAUAUUCCCAUUCCUGGCCAGCAGGACAAAGACAAUUUCCAGGAGACUCUGGAGGCCAUGCACAUCAUGAGCUUCUCCCACGAUGAGAUUGUCUGCAUGUUGAAGGUAGUCUCAGCGGUGCUGCAAUUUGGCAACAUUGUCUUCAAGAAAGAGAGGAAUACCGAUCAGGCCUCAAUGCCUGAGAACACCGCGGCACAGAAGCUUUGCCAUCUACUUGGAAUGAAUGUUAUGGAGUUCACAAGAGCUAUCCUCACUCCAAGGAUAAAAGUAGGACGAGACUAUGUACAGAAAGCACAGACCAAGGAACAGGCUGACUUUGCAGUCGAAGCCUUGGCCAAAGCUACAUAUGAGCGACUGUUUCGCUGGCUGGUCCAUCGCAUUAACAAGGCCCUUGACAGGACUAAACGUCAGGGUGCAUCUUUCAUCGGCAUUCUGGAUAUCGCUGGAUUUGAGAUUUUUGAGCUGAACUCAUUCGAGCAGUUGUGCAUCAACUACACCAACGAGAAGCUGCAGCAACUCUUCAACCACACCAUGUUCAUCCUGGAGCAGGAGGAGUACCAGAGGGAGGGCAUCGAGUGGAGCUUCAUCGAUUUCGGCCUCGACCUGCAGCCUUGCAUUGAACUCAUCGAGAGGCCGAAUAACCCUCCUGGUAUUCUGGCUCUGCUGGAUGAAGAAUGCUGGUUUCCCAAAGCCACAGACAAGACCUUUGUGGACAAAGUGCUCCAGGAGCAAGGCACCCACACUAAGUUCCAAAAACCACGUCAGCUCAAGGACAAAGCUGACUUCUGCAUCAUCCACUACGCAGGGAGGGUGGACUAUAAAGCAGAUGAAUGGCUAAUGAAGAACAUGGAUCCCCUGAAUGACAAUGUGGCCACGCUGCUGCAUCAGUCCACUGACAAGUUUGUGGCUGAACUCUGGAAAGAUGUUGACCGAAUCGUGGGCCUGGACCAAGUUGCUGGCAUGAAUGAGACAGCAUUCGGUGCCGCAUACAAGACUAAGAAGGGCAUGUUCCGCACAGUGGGUCAGCUGUACAAAGAGCAGCUGUCCAAACUGAUGGCGACAUUGAGGAACACUAACCCUAACUUUGUCCGCUGCAUCAUCCCCAACCAUGAGAAAAGAGCUGGUAAACUCGAUCCUCACCUGGUUCUGGACCAGCUAAGAUGUAAUGGUGUCCUGGAAGGGAUCCGUAUCUGCAGACAAGGCUUCCCCAACCGUAUUGUCUUCCAAGAGUUCAGACAGAGGUAUGAGAUUCUCACCCCUAACGCCAUCCCCAAAGGCUUUAUGGACGGCAAGCAGGCCUGCGAGAGAAUGAUCAAAUCCCUAGAGCUUGACAACAACCUGUUUCGCAUUGGCCAGAGUAAAAUCUUCUUCAGGGCGGGAGUCCUGGCCCACUUGGAGGAAGAGAGAGACCUGAAGAUCACCGAUAUAAUUAUUUACUUCCAGGCCGCUUGUCGCGGCUAUCUGGCACGCAAAGCCUUUGCCAAGAAGCAGCAACAGCUCAGUGCACUGAAGGUUCUCCAAAGAAACUGUGCUGCAUACUUGAAGCUGCGUCACUGGCAGUGGUGGAGACUCUUCACUAAGGUGAAGCCUUUGCUGCAGGUGACCAGACAGGAGGAAGAGAUGCAGGCUAAAGAUGAAGAACUGGUUAAGGUGAAGGAGAAGCAUACAAAGGUGGAGGGACAGCUGGUAGAGAUGGAAGGAAAACAGCAACAGUUAACGGAGGAGAAAAGCAUCCUAGCAGAGCAGCUGCAAGCAGAGACUGAGCUGUUUGCCGAGGCUGAGGAGAUGAGAGCUCGUCUGGCUACCAAAAAACAAGAGCUGGAGGAAAUCCUUCACGACCUGGAGUCCAGACUGGAGGAAGAAGAGGAGAGGGCGCAGGGCAUGGUAAACGAGAAGAAGAAGAUGCAAUCCCAUAUCCAGGACUUGGAGGAGCAGUUGGAUGAAGAGGAGGCUGCUAGGCAGAAGUUGCAGCUUGAGAAAGUGACCACUGAGGCCAAAAUGAAGAAAUAUGAAGAGGAUAUUUUGCUACUCGAGGACCAAAACACCAAGUUUAUCAAGGAAAAAAAGUUGGUGGAAGAUCGCAUCAAUGAGAUGACCACUUUCCUUGCUGAGGAAGAGGAGAAGGCUAAGAACCUGGGAAAGGUCAAGAACAAGCAAGAGAUCAUGAUGGUCGACUUGGAGGAGAGGCUCAAAAAGGAAGAGAAGACCCGUCAGGAGCUAGAGAAGGCAAAAAGGAAGCUGGAUGGCGAGACGUCCGACUAUCAGGACCAGAUCGCUGAGCUCCAGGCCCAGAUAGAAGAGGUUAAAACUCAAAUUGUCAAGAAAGAGGAUGAGCAGCAGUUACUUCAGACAAGGGGCGAAGAUGAGGUCAACCAGAAGAACAUCGCUCUGAAACAAGUGCGAGAACUUCAAGCCCAGCUGUCUGAGCUGCAGGAGGACAUGGAGUUGGAGAAACAGGCCAGGAACAAGGCUGAGAAGCUCAAGAGGGAUUUGAGUGAAGAAUUGGAGGCUCUAAAGACAGAACUGGAGGACACCCUUGAUACGACUGCUGCCCAGCAGGAACUAAGGACCAAGCGAGAGCAAGAAGUUGCCGAACUGAAGAAGGCCAUUGAGGAGGAGACUAAAAACCAUGAGACUCAGAUACAGGAUAUGCGACAGAGGCAUGCCACUGCUUUAGAAGAGCUCUCCGAGCAGCUCGAACAGGCAAAGAGGUUUAAAGCCAAUCUGGAGAAGACCAAGCAGAGCCAGGAAAGUGCCAACAAGGAAAUGGCCUGUGAGGUCAAAAGCCUUCAACAGGCAAAGACAGAGUCUGAACACAAGAGGAAAAAACUGGAGGCUCAGCUGCAGGAGGUCACUGCUAGAAACACUGAAGGGGAACGGACCAAGGGCGAGCUGACUGAACGUGUGCACAAACUGCAGACUGAGCUGGACAAUGUAUCGGGCAUGCUGGAAGAUUCUGAGAAAAAAGGCAUCAAGAUGACAAAAGACGUUGCUGGAUUAGAAAGUCAGCUCCAAGACACACAGGAGCUGCUCCAGGAGGAGACCCGUCAGAAGCUGAACCUCAGCAGUCGCAUGCGCCAGUUAGAGGAGGAGAAGAACACCCUCCAGGAGCAGCAAGAGGAGGAUGAGGUGGCACGCAAAAAUGUGGAGAAACAGUUGCUGAUGUUACAGGCUCAGGUGUCCGACAGCAAGAAGAAGCUUGAGGAUGAUGUGGGGACAAUAGACGGCCUGGAGGAAGCAAAGAAGAAACUGCAAAAGGACCUCGAAAUGUCAGGCCAGCGUCUGGAGGAGAAGACCAUCGCUUUUGAGAAGAUGGAAAAGACAAAGACACGUUUGCAGCAGGAGCUGGAUGAUCUAACUGUUGACUUGGAUCACCAGAGGCAGAGUGUGUCCAACCUGGAGAAGAAACAGAAGAAGUUUGACCAGAUGCUGGCUGAGGAGAAGAGCAUUUCAGCCCGCUAUGCUGAAGAGCGUGACCGGGCGGAAGCUGAGGCCAGGGAGAAGGAGACCAAAGCUCUGUCAAUGACCAGAGCGCUGGACGACGCUCUAGAGGCCAAAGAGGAGCUGGAGAGGGUCAACAAGCAGCUCCGUGCUGAAAUGGAAGAUCUGAUGAACUCAAAGGAUGACGUGGGCAAGAAUGUUCACGAGCUGGAGAAAUCCAAGCGCACUCUGGAGCAGCAGCUGGAGGAGAUGAAGACUCAACUUGAGGAGCUGGAGGAUGAGCUGCAGGCCACUGAGGAUGCCAAGCUGCGCUUGGAGGUCAACAUGCAGGCCAUGAAGGCUCAGUAUGAGCGUGAUCUUCAGGGCCGUGAUGACCAGAACGAUGAGAAGAAGAGAGCACUCAUUAAACAGGUCCGAGAGAUGGAGGCAGAGCUGGAGGACGAGAGGAAGCAGAAAGGAUUGGCCGUCGCUACCAAGAAGAAACUAGAGAUGGAUUUGAAGGACGUGGAGGGUCAGAUAGAAGGUGCUAGCAAGGCUCGAGAUGAAGCCAUCAAACAGCUGCGCAAGCUACAGGCCCAGAUGAAGGACUACCAGAGGGAACUGGAAGAUGCCAGGGCUUCCAGAGAUGAUAUUUUUGCCUUAUCCAAGGAAAAUGAGAAGAAACUAAAGAGUCUGGAGGCUGAGAUUGUUCAGUUGCAUGAGGACCUGGCAGCGUCAGAGAGAGGGCGACGUCAUGCAGAGCAAGAAAGAGAUGAGCUGCAAGAUGAAAUCUCCAACAGCACAUCUGGAAAAACUGCUCUGAUGGAUGAGAAGAGGAGGCUGGAGGCUCGUAUAGCUCAGCUUGAGGAAGAGCUCGAAGAAGAGCAAGGCAACAUGGAGCUACUUAACGACCGCUUUAGAAAGACCACUAUGCAGGUGGACACGCUGACCACAGAGUUGAGCGCGGAGCGGAGCGCAUCACAAAAGAGUGAAAAUGCCCGGCAGCAGUUGGAACGUCAAAACAAGGAGCUACGGGCCAAGCUGAGCGAACUGGAAGGAUCUGUGAAAAGUCGCUUCAAGGCUUCCAUCAUGGCGCUGGAGGCCAAAAUAGCACAGCUCGAGGAACAACUGGAGCAGGAGGCCAAGGAACGAGGAGCAGCUAACAAGUUAGUAAGGAGGACUGAGAAGAAGCUGAAAGAGAUAUGUAUGCAGGUGGAGGAUGAACGCCGCCAUGCGGACCAGUUUAAAGAGCAAGUGGAAAAGGCCAACUCGCGUAUGAAACAGCUAAAGCGUCAGCUGGAAGAGGCAGAAGAGGAGGCUACAAGGACCAAUGCGUCACGCAGGAAGCUGCAGAGAGAGCUGGAUGACGCCACGGAGGCCAGCGAGGGUCUCAGCAGGGAGGUCCACACAUUGAAGAACCGUCUCCGGUACCCUUAAUAUAAAUGCAAAUUCACAAUUACGGCAUGGACUUUCAGUUUUUAUAACAUACCUCUAGCAGUCAUGCACUGAAGUAUAUUGCAUCUCUCUCUCUCUCUCUCUCUCUCUCUCUCUCUCUUGUUCUCUCUCGCUCUCUCUCUCUCUGUGUGUGUGUGUGUGUGUGUGUAUAAGCAUAGCAGCCAUCAGUAUUCAGACCCUUUGCUGUGACACUCAUAAAUUUAACUCGGGUGCUGUCCAUUUCUUCUGAUCAUCCUUAAAAUGGUUCUACACCUUUAUUGGAGUCCAGCUGUAUUUGAUUAUACUGAUUGGACUUGAUUAGGAAAGCCACACACCUGUCUGUAUAAGACCUUACAGCUCACAGUGCAUGUCAGAGCCGAUGACAAUCAUAAGGUCAAAGGAACUGCCUGAAAAGCUCAGAGAAAGAAUUGUGGCAAGGCACACAUCUGGCCACGGUUACAAAAAUAAUUCUGCUGCACUUAAGGUUCCUAAGAGCACAGUGGCCUCCAUAAUCCUGAAAUGGAAGACAUUUGGGACGACCAGAACCCUUCCUAGAGCUGGCCGAACUGAGCAAUCGGGGAAGAAGAGCCCUGGUGAGAGAGGUAAAGAAGAACCCAGAGAUCACUGUGGCUGAGUUCUAGAAAGUCAACCAUCACUGCAGCCCUCCACCAGUCAGGGCUAUAUGGCUGAGUGGCCCGACGGAAGCCUCGGUGCAAGACACAUGAAAUCCUGUAUGGAGUUUUCUAAAAAACACCUGAAGGACUCCAAGAUGGUGAGAAAUAAGAUUCUCUGGUUUGAUGAGACCAAGAUAGAACUUUUUGGCCUUAAUUCUUAGCGGUAUGUGUGGAGAAAACCAGGCACUGCUCUUCACCUGUCCAAUACAGUCCCAACAGUGAAGCAUGGUGGUGGCAGCAUCAUGCUGUGGGGGUGUUUUUCAGCUGCAGGGACAGGACGACUGGUUGAAAUCGAAGGAAAGAUGAAUGCAGCCAAGUACCGGGAUAUCCUGGACCAUAACCUUCUCCAGAGUGAUCAGAACCUCAGACUGGGCUGAAGGUUCACCUUAAAAAAAGACAAUGACCCGAAGCACACAGCUAAAAUACCGAAGGAGUGGCUUCAGAACAACUCAGUGACUGUUUUUGACUGGCCCAGCCAGAGUCCUGACUUAAACCCAAUUGAGCAUCUCUGGAUAGACCUGAAAAUGGCUGCCCACCAACAUUCACCAUCCAACCUGACAGAACUAGAGAGGAUCUGCAAGGAGGAAUGGCAGAGGAUCCCCAAAUCCAGGUGUUCCAACAUUCCCAAAAAGACUCAUGGCUGUAUUAGCUCAAAAGUGUGCUUCUACUAAAUACUGAGCAAAGGGUCUGAAUACUUAUGGCUGUGUAAUAUUUAAAUUUUUCUUUUUUAAUAAAUCUGCAAAAAUUCCAACAAUUUUUUUCUGUCAAUAUGGGGUGCUGUUUGUACAUUAAUGUGAAAAAAUGAACUCAAAUGAUUUUAGCAAAUGGCUGCAAUAUGAAAAAGAGUGAAAAAUUUAACAGAGUCUGAAUACUUUCCGUACCCACUGUAUAUAUGUGUCUGAGUGUGUGUGUGUGUGUGUGUGUGUGUGCGCGCAGUUCAUACAAAAAUGGUAUAAUUGCACACUGUAAUGAGUUUCAACACAAGACACUAGUAGGUCGGUCUGUAGGUACUGUUUGUAUGAAGUUGGGAACUCAAGUUUUUACGUAAGUACUGUAAGAAGGUAGGCAGCUACUGCUAAUAGACAGUGUGGGAAGGUAGGUAGGUAAUAGUAUUGGCUCACCUGCCUUGACUCACAGAUGAACUUCAGUGACAUCCCAUUCUUAAGCCAUAGUGUUUAAUAAUACUUCCACCCUUUGCACCUUCAGUUUCAACUCUUCUUGGAAGGCUCUCCACAAGGUUGAGGGGUGUGUUUAUGGGAAUUUUUUUACCAUUCUUCUAGAAGUGCAUACUGUAUGUGCGUUACACACCAUUGUUGAAUGAGAAGGCCUGGUGAUGAGUCCCAGUCUCUGCUCUAAUUCAACCCAAAGGUGUCCCAUCAGGUUGUGGUCAGGACUCUGCAGGCCACUCAAGUUCCUCUACACCAAACUCUUAUCACUGCGUUUACAGUAUGCGCUGUAUGUUGCUUUAUGCACUGGUGCACAGUCAUAUUGGAGCAAGAAGGGACAAAUCCCCAAACUGUUCCCACAAAGUUAAGAGCAUGGAAUUGUCUAUGAUCUGUUGGUAUGUUGAAGCAUUCACAGUUCCUUUCCCUGCAACUGAGGGGCCAAUAUUUUGGACAAAUACAAGUUCCCAACUUUGUGAGCCAAACUAAUGCCCCCUUAGUUCCAGUGAAAGGAACGUUGAACGCUUCAGCAGACCAACGGAGAAUUUGAAACUCAUUUGAUAGAUGACAGUCCUGGCCUCAACCUGAUAGAACAACUUUUGGAUGAGUUUGAGUGGCGACUGAGAGCCAGGCCUUCUAAUCUAACAUCAGUGUGUGACCUCACAAAUGCACUUCUGGAAUAAUGGUAAAAAUGUCCCAUAAAUACACUCCUAAACCUUACGGAGAGUCUUCCGAGAAAAGUUAAGCUGUAAUAGCUGCAAAAGGUGGACUAACAUAAUAUUAAACUAUGGCUUAAGAAUGGGUUGGCAAUAUACAACGUACGUAGUUGAUAUAUAUAUCAAUUAGGUAGGCAGGUAUUGUACAGUAUGUGCUUUUGGUGUUUAAUUAUUGUAGGCAGGUACCUUGGUCGGUAUGUACUGUAAGGGCUUCGUGUGGGAAGGUACAGUCCCCUCCAAAAGUAGUGAAACGGCAAGGUCAAUUCCUUUGUUUUUGUUAUAUACUGAAGACAUUUGGGUUUCAGAUCAAACGAUGAAUAUGGGGCAAAAGUUCAGAAGUCCAGCUUUUGUUUCAUGGUAUUUACAUCUAGAUGUGUUGAACAACCCAGCAUAGAGCACCUUUUGUUUGAAGCCACCCACUUUUCAAGUGAGGAAAAGUAUUGGAACAGACAUUAUUAAAUUAAAUAUUUGGUGGCAUAACCCUUACUUGCAAUAACUGCAUCAAGCCUGAGACCCAUUGACUUCACCAGACUGUUGCAUUCUUUAUGAGAAAUGCUUUUCCUUGCCUUUACUGCAGCCCCAUUCAGUUCUUGUUUGUUUCUAUGGGUUUCUCCCUUCAGUCUCCUCUUCAGGAGGUAAAAUGCAUGUUCUAUUGCGUUAAGGUCCGGUGAUUGACUUGGUCAGUCUAAGACCUUCCACUUUUUCCCCCUGGUGAAGUCCUUUGUUAUGUUGGCAGUGUGUUUUGAAUCAUUGUCUUCUUGCAUGAUGAAGCUUCUCCCGAUUAGUUUGGAUGCAUUUUUCUGUAAAUUGCCAGACAAAAUGGUUUUGUCCAUCCAUCCAUUUUCCAAGCCGCUUCUCCUCACUAGGGUCGCGGACGUGCUGGAGCCUAUCCCAGCUAACAUCGGGCAGGAGGUGGGGUACACCCUGAACUGGUUGCCAGCCAAUCGCAGGGCACAAAUAAACAACCAACCAUUCGCAUUCACACCUAUGGCAAUUAAGAGUCUUCAAUUAACCUAGCAUGCAUGUUUUUGGGAUGUGGGAGGAAACCGGAGUGCCCGGAGAAAACCCACGCAGGCACGGGGAGAACAUGCAAACUCCACACAGGCGGGGCCGGGGAUUGAACCCGGGUCCUCAGAACUGUGAGGCAGACACUCUAACCAGUCCUCCGCCGUGCCGCAAAAUGGUUUUGUAGGCUUCAGAGUUUAUUCUGCUGCUACCAUCAUGAGUGACAUCAAUAAAGACUAGUGACCCAGUUCCAGAAGCAGCCAUGCAAGUCCAAGCCAUGACAUUACCUCCACCAUGCUUCACAUGCUUGUUUGUUUUGGAUCAUAAGCAGAUCCUUUCUUUUUCCAUACUUUGGCCUUUCCAUCACUUUGGUAGAGGUUAAUCUUGGCCUCAUCCGUCCGGAAUUCAAAAUCAGAAGCACAUACAGUAGGUAAGUACUAUAAGUAUGUUGAUAGGUGCAGUACUACUGUUAGGUACUGUACAGGUAGGUUGCUGUUGGAAGUUAAGUAGGUUGGUAUGGUUUUGGUAGGUUGGAUAGUUGGUCCACUGUUGGUAUGUAAUGUUUCCCAUCUAUUGAUACAAUAUUUACCAACCAUUCAUGGGUUACUAAGCUACAUAUCAUAUUUCUGAGUAUGUGGUGAGAAUUAAAUAUUGUUACUUUAAUAUCUGAAACUUUGCUC